CCCCCAACCCACCCCCCCAAAAAAAUUUAACAGGAGAUGUUUUUUUUACUUUAGUGUGUAUAUAGGUGGUGUUUGGUGGGAUUUUUGUGUUCGGAGUGAUUUGCAAUGGAGGUCCGGGAAAGACCUUUUGCUCUCGUGUAAUUAGUUUUGGUGGGCAAAAUUUACAAGGGCCCUUUGAUCGUAUGUAACCAACUGGAGUACUCGAGAAAGGGAGAUGAGUGCGAGUGCACCGGCCUCAGAAGGGUUUGUGUCGAGAAAGCUGGGGUGAAAAUUCUGAAAGAGAGAAACUAGGGUUGAAGAUAGAUAGAGAGAGAGAGAGAGAUUUUCCCUUUUGAAAAUUGGAAACAAAGGAUCGAACGUCAUGGAUUUACUUCUACUUUUGACCAUCUCGAGCCUUUACUGUUUUGCUUUUGGGGACAAGUGCGCGAGCGAGUGUUCUUGCAAGUGGAAAGGUGGCAAACGGACCGUAGAGUGCACUGAUCGUCACCUGGCCAGCAUACCCGACUCGAUCGAUCCGGAGACCCAGGUCCUGGACAUCAGCGGGAACCUUAUCAAGACAUUGCCGGAAAAUAUUUUUGUCAAAGUGUACCUGACAAAUUUGCAGCGUCUCUAUUUACGGGAAUGUCGUAUCGACCACAUUGACGACAAUGCCCUGUCCGGUUUGACGAACUUGGUUGAACUCGACUUGAGUGGCAAUCAAUUGAAAGCCGUGCCAAGUCAAAGCUUUGCUAAAGCUCCAUUUUUAAGGGACGUGGUACUCGCUGGAAAUCCCCUUGAACGGAUUCCCUCUUUCGCCUUUAAGAAGACACCAAAUCUUGUUAAGCUAGAUCUCUCCAAUACAAAGUUAAUCGAACUCCAGGAAAAUGCAUUUCUGGGUUUGGAAAAUCUCGAGAGUCUUAGGUUGAACAACAAUAAACUUUCAACCCUUCAACAGGGAACUUUACAUCCCCUCAAUAAACUCAGGAGCAUCGAACUCCACGAGAACCCCUGGUUUUGUGAUUGUCAUCUGAGGGAGCUGAAGAUAUGCCUUAUCAAGCACAAUAUCCCAACACUCAUUGCCCCCGUUUGUCAUGGACCCGAGCAGAAUCUCAACAAAAUGUUUACUGAACUUGUUGUCGAGGAUUUUGCCUGUCAACCUGUUUUGCUAAUCACUAGCCAAUAUGCAGAGGCAACUAUUGGGGAGAAUGCCAGUAUUAUUUGCAGGGUAUCCGCAGUGCCACCGGCAAAAAUCAAAUGGUACUGGAAUGGAAGAUUACUGGCGAACCACUCAGCCUUCAGUAGCUAUCAAAAGGUCUUGAUCUACGAGGAAGGACAGUUUAGAAAAAGGAGCACUCUGGUCCUCACCAACGCCCAAGAAUCGGACUCGAGUGAAUUUUUCUGUGUGGCAGAAAAUCGGGCCGGAAGUGUCGAGGCUAAUUUUACACUUCACGUAUCACUGAGAACAGCCGGAAUGUCAACUUUAGGGUCGGGUCAGAUAGCCGGAAUCUCCGCGGCUCUAGUGGUUCUGAUCCUCUUUAUUCUGUUGAUAAUUCUCGUCUUAUUCCUCCGUCUGAGGAGAAUGCCCCAAAAGGACCACAAGAGUCCAACCCCUGCGGAAGUGGUCCCACCGGAAAAUGUGGACAACGUACAAUCGGCAACAUCAACAAUUAGCCGAAGAAAACAUGAGGAAGUGGAGACGACUUCUUUUUCCGAAACAAAACACCCGGUCUCCUUGAAUUUAAGUUACGUUCAGAGGCCGCAGCCCCGUCUCGACGAAGGCGAAUACAUGGUGAAACGAUUCGAGGAUAAUCAGCCAAUGAUUCCCGGUCCCUGUUUCUCCUCAACGACAUCCCUGAUGCCGAUCGACAAUCCCGAUCUCAUCAGGGACACAAGAAGAGGCUCCGGCGAGGAGGUCGUUCUUCCCUACAAUGGGGAAUACAGUCGCGUCGAACUUGAGGACGCGAAACUAUUGUACUCGGGUUGCCUCUGGGAGAGGGACGUCAGGACCACAGUCUCCGUCAAUCCCUACACGUCCAAGGAGAUGCUGGCGAAUAUGGCCUCUGUCGAGGCAUUUCCACCCGGAGCAAAACAAAUGCGAGUCUGGCAGAAGGGAGUUCCAGUUCUACCUCCAGUUUCCGCUUUGAAGCGCGUCCUCGGAUCGACACGAAGUUCACCCGACGAAGGCUAUCAAGAAGGCACUGGUACAGAUGUCUAGGUACCACUACUUCAUUACUGUGACGCCCGACAUCGAUACAUGGAACUUCGCAGAAGACAUCAGGAGGAAACGGACUGUUGAUAUAAAUAAACCGCAUCAAUAUAUAAAAAGUCGGGCGACCGGUAGUGAAAUACCUCGGCAUGUGCUUAUUCGUUUUAAAAAUAAAAAAAAAAAAACUCUUCGACAGUGAUUUAUCGAGAUAUCAGAUGAAAAGGGGUGAGAAUAAUCCAUAAAAGAUACACGUCUUGACUUGCGUAAUAAUCUCUAAGCAAAUGGUCUUUAAUUACAUCCGGAUUGUGUGGGUUCUCGACGUUAGGUUUUAUAAUCUUCGAAAGACAUCUUGGUAAUCCUCGAGGCA